AUGGGUAACACGCAACCACCAUCGCUACCAAACCAAGAUCCAAAUAUUGAAGUUCGGAAUCUGAAAUUGGAAUGUGCUAGACAGAAAUAUCAGCUAGAACAAAAAACGUUUGGAUUGACAUCCAUGGAACAGAGAGAAAUUAAUAUCGUUAAUGUUCCGCCUAUGUUAAGAAAACUUCCACGCGAGCAGAACUGGCGCCUUCCAUCAUUGCUGAGAUUUGGUCUGCGGUAUUUAUUCUAUACCUUUGUGCAGUGUUUGUGUGGAUGGGGAAAGUGUACACUACGUAAAAUGGCCUGUGUAUUUUCAUGUUGCCGAUGUAUAUUAGAAGAGCCACAGGGUCGCAGGGUGUGGAGAACAGAAUCUGUCAAUCAACCGAAUCAAACACAGACACAGAAGGCUCAAGCAGAUCAUUGGUUUGCGUGGCAGAGAUUAAAUGGAGUAACACGGAAUCUGAUCAGAAGAGCGACGGAAAUCCCUAAACAAUUCCUUCCUUUUGUGGACACGAUUGAGGAAAACCAUCCUUAUCUCAGUGACAAGAAAUUUUCCAGUCAUAUACAGAAUGGCACACUGUUUGUCGUGGAUCUGGAGGAAGUUGCAUUCAAUGAACCAACUUUAUUGGCUCCUGUUGCCUUGCUUGUGAUAUAUAACAACAUGCUGAUGCCAGUAGCAAUACGUACGGAUCCACGAAAUCCGGAUAACAAGGAGAUUGCCACCCCUCCUCUACGUGAAUCCAACAGUCCUGAGCAACUGCGGAAGUGGGUGAAAGCUAAGAUGUGGUUCAACAUGUUAGACGCACAAUACCACGAGUCUGUUACUCACUUAGGCUUCACACAUUUAUUGAUGGAUGGUGUAAGCGUGUGUGUGCAUAGGAAUCUAUCCGAAAGGCAUCCCAUUUACAAAUUAAUGCUUCCUCACUUUCAUUAUAUGCAUUUCAUCAAUCAGGUUGCUGUAAAGGAAUUGGUUGAACCAGGUGGUUACGUUGACAGAGAUAUGUAUUUUGGACAAAAGAACAUGAUUAAAUUGAUAUCAAAACACAAUGAAAACUGGAAGUUCAAGGAGCAUGGGUGUAUUGUUCAAAACUUUCUCAGCAGAGGCGUACAGGAAUUACCAGGGUAUUAUUUUAAGGAUGAUGCAACUUACCUACACGAGGCGAUAACAAACUACGUCCGCGAAUACGUUACCCAUUACUAUGGCGGUGAUGAUGAGAUCAAUCAAGAUCCAGAGAUUCAAGCUUUUCGAGCUCAACUCAUAGCACCUCGAUCAAUGUCGGGAGAUGAAGCAGCUGGCUGUGGCAUGAAGGAUGUGCCGGAGUUUGACGGUGUUGCAAACCUCGUCACUGUCUUGGCCAAUUUCAUCUACAUCUGUAGUGUGGAACACUCAGCGACCAACUUCCCACAGUAUGAUCAGUACGGCUUUCUGCCUAAUAUGCCUGCGAUUCUGAAUGGACAGCCCGAAUUCCAAAUAGGUGAAAAUGAACUAAAUGCACCAAUGCCUACUGCAAGGGAAUUUUUCUCGACAAUCAAAAUUAUGAUGGUGUUGACUUUAGUAUUGACAAACAGCUUGGGGAAAUACGAAUCUCGCUACCAGAAUGCAAUGGACGCUGCCGGAAAACGCAUUGUACGAAAAUUUCAGCGAUCACUUGAUGACAUCACAACCAGAAUUAAUGCACGAAACACGACAAUCCAGAACACUGCUGGUAACAUUGAAGGAUAUCCUUAUGAGUGGCUUCUCCCGAAGAGAGUGUUGAACUCCAUCAGUAUCUGAACUUUGUUUGAGGCUGUUGUUUAGUACAUACAUGCACUUGCCCAAUCUUGAAACCAAAAUUGUUAUGUUUUAAACUAUACGGCUGUGUUAUCACAUAUGAUACAUGGAGUUCGUGUAUGAAAUACACAUUGACAUUGAAGAAAUCAAAUAGACUUAAAUGAUGUUCACUUCUCAAUAUCAGUUAAAUGUAUAUUUUAAUAAUCUGAAAUGACAUUGACCUUAUUGCACUUAGAUUUCAAUAUGGAUCGGUUUAUGUCUUAAUGACAUUUUAUAAAAACUUGUUAAGAGAAAUUUUCUAUCCAAAGUAUUUAUAUUGUAGAUGAAGUCAUCGGAUCAAUGUUGAUUUUUCAAAAUAUAGAGCUGCAGUGCAUUUAAAUGAUAAGACAUGCGCAUGUCCUAAACUCAGGAGCUAACAUCUUCAAAUCAAAGGCAAUUUUCAUAAUCUCUUCAGUACUGUAUGUACAACAUUUUCAAAUGUAAUGGAAGCAUUGUCAAGCAAAUAGCACAGACCACUGGACAAUGAAGAGAAAAAUAUACAACAAUCAUAAUCCAUGUACGUUCAACAUACUCCAUUUUGAUUAGUUACUCUUAUACAUAUUAUAUUACUCGGUUUGCUGUUAUUAUCUGUAUUAUAAUCACUAUUUGUUUUUAAUCUUUUACAAAUACUCUCUUUGCUGUUAAUUGAAUUGUAUGACUCGCGGUCGCUGUUAAAUUUCACUAAACAAAUUCGCUGAAAUAAAGUUUAGUAGAGUGAUACAAUGUAGUUAACAAAAUGAGUUACACGUGAUUGAUUGAUGGUAUCUAACCUCUCGGCCACCGCGGCGGUGAGUUACACGUGUGUGCAUCCCGUAUAUAUUGAUGGGAUAUGAAAAAGUGACGAUAACGAAUAAUGCUCAACCUCUUAACACCUAUAAGGAAUAUAAAAUAGAUAUACUGAUAGUAUUAUGAAUUGUGAUAGAUUUUGCUCGAUUUUUGUUUUAAAUCUGUGGACAAGGAAUAGACGCAAUGAGCACAAUGGUCUUGAUUUGUAUUGUAUGUCUGUCUAAGGUACAAUCCCCUAUUUGCAUAUGCAAUACAUGUACAUUUUAGAUUUACUUUAUCCAAAUGAUGUCGUUACAUUUAUGCUCUGGAAAGUCCUAUGAGUAAGAGCGGGUAUCCACAUUUACGUUUGGUGGUAAAGGGGUUUUAACAGUCUCGUUUAAAGUAAGCAUUUCGCAACUUCUAUGGUCGUAAUAACAAUACUGCCGUUUGUUAAAUGCUUGCUGAAAAGUUUCAUACCGAUUGUUAGGCGGUUCUUGUACACUGAUUUCGACUACGAUAUAUCCGUUUACCUGAUUGCAAAAUAGGGCUCACGACGGGUGUAUCCGGUGGACAGGGGAUCUUUAAUCCUCUUACACACCUGAUCCCACCUCUUGCAUGUCAUGGGAUCCGUGUUUGCCCAAUUUUAAAUUUUGUAUUGCUUAUACAGUGUAGAUUGAAUUUCGUUAUUUUCAAUUUCCAUUGGGUUUAGUGUAAGGAUAUACUGUAAUUUAAUCCUAUUGUCCAAUCACAAUAUUAAUUUAUAGUGCUUGACAGUGUAAACACUUUAAAUAUCAAUUUCAAUAAAUUUAAAGGUAGCUACUGGCUAGAUAACGGUACAAUAUCAAUACAACUCAUAUCCUCAUAUGAAGAAAAUGGACCGAUUUUGUAGCAUUUGAGGACAAAAGACAACACGAAUUUCAUGUUUAUUUAGAAAAUUGUGGUUUCAGAUAUACCCCUAGACAAGAUUGUUUUAGGAUUUGCAAACUCCUUUCUUUCCUGUGGGAAGUUAAGUGGGUAUUUGAAAUAAUAACAUGUGCGGUUACUCUAGUGUCCUGAUCCCGUAGGUUAGCCAUAUAACCUCGGUGAAAUCGAACACCAAAUUGAUUAAGUUAUUUUUACGCUUUUGAUUUUCGACAACCUGGGGUUAGGGUUCAUUGAAAGAAAUCCAAACUUUUUAUAAAUCUUACCCAUAUUUAUCUAACCCAAGGAAUAGGUACCGCCCUACCUCCCAUGGUCAGAUAGAACGAGAAAAGAUUACAGAAAGUGUAAAUAAAACUAAACCUAAUAUAUAGUAAGGAUGCAUACCUCAUUUUCGAUAAGUUUUUUUUUCAUUACCGCUUACAACUAAUUAGAACAUAGACGCUGCCCUUUUAAUCUGUGAAUAUAAUACUGUAUACGGCAUUUCCAAAAAUAUUGGUCAUCGGAAUAAUAUUGCUGUAAAUUAGAAUUCUAUGAAAAUGACAUAUAUGUCAUAUGUCAUAUAAAAUGACACAUAAAUGACAGAUAUUUCGACAAAAUGACAUGCAUUGCAAUAUAUUUUGCUUGAAACGAUGGCUUUUGAUUUUUUUUCUAUCUAUCUAUCUAUCUAUCUAUCUAUAUAUAUAUAUAUAUAUAUAUUUCUUGUACUAAUACAUGAGUUAUGUAAAAUAUAUUGAAAAUUAAAA